CACACACACACACACACACCUCCCACCACAAACGCACCAUGGCUACCCUCCUUCCGAAGAGCUCGGCCGCCGGGAUGCACUUCCCGGACCCGCUGCGCCAUCUUCUUGACGGCCUUCUGGCCACGGAUCAUUCGGUCGGCCAGAACUUGGCCCCGACUCUGGACAUCCUGCGGUCGGACGGAGCGCGCAUGUUCGCCUGGGCCGCGGCCGAGGAGACUCGCCUGGAGGCCGGCGCCGUGGCCGCUGGCACUUCAACCGACGAGGCCUUCCAGCGGACGACCCUCCACGCAUGGACACAGAAGGUGUCCGGGUUGUUGCAGGGCCGCGCCCUGCGCGGACGUCUUGCCGGAUGCCUGCUGGCCUCGGCCACGGCGCACUUUCUGCCGGCCACCGCCCUGGCCCGCGGUGCUGGGGCCUGGUUCAACCACCUGCUUGCGAAUGCCCGCAUGAGUGCUGCCGGGUUCACGGCCCGCGAGGGCGAGCUGCCGGCCACGCAGCUUGGACCGACCAUCCGCGCGGCGGCCCUGCACGCGGUGGCCCAUCUGACUGCUGUGUGCGCCCGGCAGCCCACCCUCCGUCGGGACGUCCUCCUUGGCGGGUCGGCCGGCAACCAGGUCCAGCAGAAGGUCGUUGCCCUGCUGGGGGAGGUGGCCUCCUCCAGCCGCAGCAGCCCGGCCGAGGUGGAAGUGGCCCUGGCGGCUUUUGCCGCACUGGCCCCGGUCCUGGGGACCAGCCUGCGCCCGGCCCAGGAGCGUAUCCUGUCGGGGCUCUGCCGGUCGCUGUCUGAGGCGGCCGGCCGCCAGCAGGCCACCUGCGACCUGGCCGCCAGUCGGGCCUUCUGGGCAUUGGCCGGUCUGGCCGGGCCGCGCAUGGUCCCGGUCUCCUGGUCUGGGGCCGUCUGUGCGGUGGCCUGCGCCGUUGAUGAUGCGCUGGAUCUCCUGACCCUCCCGGUGCAGCAGGACCUGUCACGGAUGUCCUUGCGUAUGCUGGCCGGUCGCCUGCCCGGGCCUCCGGGGUCCGGCGGUGCCACCACCCGUUUGCUGGACUUCGCCCCUCCGGCCCGACUGCUGGACAGCCUGGCCACCGUUACCGGGUCGACCGGUGCCUCGGCCGCGACGACCAUCGAGUUGUUUGGGCGUUUCAGCCGCGCGGCCGAUCUCCUGGUAGCAGGCCUGUCGCGCAGUGCGCCGCCCAUGCUUGGCCCGCCGCCCAUCCCGGCCGGUGUGCUUUUCCUCCUGGCCGAGCGUAUCCUUUCUUUGGGGCUGGCCCCGCCCCGGUCGCCGCAGAUGGCCCCCUCCAGUGACUACUCAAGCUUGCUGGCGGUUCUGCCACGCGUCCUGGCCCAUGGCCUGCGUCUGUUGCAGGCCUUGCUAUCGUCGCUCGGAGUCCGCGCUGCGGCCGUGGCCCCGCGCUUUGCCAUGCUGCUGCGCAUGGUCCUCAGCCAGUCGGCCCAUUGCCCGGAGGUCCGGAUUGAGGCCUACAAGACCAUGACCCUGGCGGUGGAUAUUCUUGGGCGUGACUUUGUCGGUCUCGAUGUCACUCCAUUUGCGGCCUUCUGCCUGGCCGAUGUGGAUCGGCUGCUUAGCGCGGCAGUGACCCAAUCGGCCAAUAGCUCGACCGCCCCGCUGUCGGAGGAUGCCCGCAUUUCGGCUGCCUCGCAAGGGAAGAAGCGCCGGCGCGCGCGCGGUGAUAAUGACACCAGCCCUCCGGUGGCCAGCUCCGUCGGUGUGGCGGUCGACCCGGACCAGAUCCCCGGUGUGGAUCUCUUUGAUCAAGCUCCGGCAGAGAUUGCCCUCCAUGGCUUGGGGUUCUUGAAGGCGCUGCUGCUGGCGGCCGGUGGUCAGCCGGAGGAAAUCGGCUGGCGUGCCCGGUGUGAGUUGACUCUGGCCCGGCUGCUUGUCCCGGCCAGCAUGUGCACCUACAGCGCCGGCGAGCUGGGCAACGCCGCGGCCCCGGUCCUGGCCGCGGCUCUCGAGUGUCUGGCCAUUGCUGCCGGGGCGCCGAAUGCCCGGGCCGACUCGCCGGCCCUGCCUCUGGCUCUCCAGGUGGCCUCCGGGGUGAUGGCUUCUCAAAACCCGGCCCUGCGCGCGGCUGCCCGUGUCCAGGCUCUUCCCCUGCUUGUGGCCAAUGUGCAUCCCCGGGCUCCGGCCAUGCGCGGCUUCUCGGCCGAGGAUUUGGCCGGUGUGGCGGUGGCCCGACAGGCCACCGCGGCUGCCGAUCUCCAGGACGCCCUUGAGGACCAGUUGGCCCUGGAGGCUGCCAGCUACCGGGCCCCGGUCGUGAGUAAGGGGUCUCCCGCGGAGCCGGCCUUCGGCUUCGGCCAAACAGCGGCCACGGCUGCCGCCGCCACCGCCGCCGCUACCUCGACUCCGGCUCCUGCCCCCAUGGUGCCUGCCACCGCACCGUUGACCAUGGCAUUGCCGCAGGUGGCCUCGGUCCCUCCAUCGACCACGACGCCCGCUUCUGCCCCUUCGGCCACCGAGGACUCGCCUUCCAAGCGCCAGAAAACCGCGGCUCCGGCGCUGGCCAUGCCCACUGCCCCGGUCUCUGCUUCGACUCCGGACAACACAGCGUCGAAGAAGGACGAGUCGGAGGACGACCUGCCGCAGGAAGAUAGUGACAUCGAAUUUGACCUUGACGCCGGCCCUGACAGUGAUCAGGAUUAGACUCCGACCAUCCUUUCCUCGCCCCUCCCCCCCCCUUUUUUUUGGCUUGAUCGCAAGAAGAGGGGCGCCAAAGCCCGUUCCCUGCCAUUGUAGUAGACAAUAUGACACCAUAACCAUGCUUUCCCUUGAUCACGGCCGUCAAAGGGAGAGGCUAACCA